AUGGAUAAUCCUGGUUCAAAUGAUCCUUCCUCAGAAUGCUCACAUAAAUUGGGACACUCAACGCACAGCAGUAUGAGUCUUGCCUCGAGUUCCACACUACUCGAGGACCAGGACGAAGAUGUGAGAAUCGCAGUCCGAGCCCUAGGGGACAUGAAAAGUGGAAACUUUGGAGGAUCCUUGAGCAAAACAGUGGCAACUCCUGCAUCGUAUCUAUCGAGUACCUCGCCAAUAUCAACGACUUCUAUACCAAGCCCUACUUUAUCCAGCCUUUCUAUAUCUUCUAUCUCUAAUCAUGAUGCACAACUGGAACCAGAUUUUGUCAGCAGGAUGGCCCAUAUUCCGAUUGUAAACGGAGCCCUCCGAAUUUAUGAACAAGGAAAAGCAAGCUCUCGAGUUGUUAAGUAUGGCGCAGAAAUCAUGGAAUCUGGUGUCAAGACCAUCUCAAAGCCCGUGAUCGACCGUUUGCCCACCGGUCAACUUGACGAGUUCGCCUGUCGUCAGCUCGAUAGGGUGAGUUACAACCGCUUAACGUUCUACUAUUCCCUUCGUAUCCUCGUGCUUCUCUCUUUCACAUUUUUUACGGUUGGAUGUCUGCGUCUUGCUCCUCGUGCUCGAAAUCAUAUCUGGGAUAGUGAUGAGUUUAUACUAUAA